AAGCGAGGCUCAGAUGGUUCGGGCAUGUACAGAGGAGAAGCCCAGAUGCUCCAGUAAGGAGGUGUGAGCGGCUGGUCGUGGAAGGCACGAGAAGAGGUUGAGGGCGGCCUUAGAAGUAUUGGGGAGAGGUGAUCAGGCGCUUCAGAUUUCCGAGGACAUGACACUUGAUAGGAAGUUGUGGAGGUCGAGUAUUACGGUUGUAGACUAGGAGGUUGUUGAGUCUUGCGUUACUUUAUACCUUUGUGAGCCUAGUUCCGGUGGAGUUUUGUCUAAGAUAGCUAGGGGCAGUGUCAUGUCUUACUAUUUUCUACUUUCGACGCAGGAUCCAUUUAAUAGCCAUCGUUUUUGCUUUGCAUUUUUCUUCUGCAUUUUAUGUUCCUUUUUCCCUAUGAUCUCCGUGGUGAAUUUAAUAUUCUUUCCUUUAGUCUUUUUAUUAUCUUGAGCCGAGGGUCUUUCGGAACAGCCUCUCUACCCCUUCGGGGUAGGGGUAAGGUCUGCGUACACACUACCCUCCCGAGACCCCACUUGUGGGAUUAUACUGGGUUGUUGUUGUUGUUUGUUGCUUGCUAAAAGGAAGGCAAAGGAAGUUGUAGAUAAUAACCAUAGAUCUUAUCAACUUCCAUUGGGUGCGAUCAUGUGAAGAAUUGAAAGUCAAAAACAAACUAAGAUACAAUUUUGUAAAUGCUCAUAGAUUCUGUAUUAAACCACUAAAAGGUACAAGUAAUCCAAUUGAUGGAUAAAACUGCAAGCAUGCCUUUCCCCCUGCACUGAUGACUGUUUGUUUCUUCCUUGUAUAGAUAGAUGCACAUCUGCAUCCGUAGAUUUGAUAAGUUUGUCAAAACCAAUGUAUGAGGCUAAUACUAAUUCUCUUUCGCUGUGGAAGUAGUUUGGUUUAGACUUGUACUCCAAAUCAUUAUGCCUCAUUGAGAGGCAUUUAGUGAAUCAUUUACUGUGGGUUUUGUAUACAUUUCCUUGUGAAUGAACGAAUUAUAAUUGGAUGAACAAGCACAUUUUCCAAAGGGAUUGCUGAUGAAUUUUGAAACAAUUGUAUGCAAAUGCACAUGUACCUCCUUCAGCUCCAAACAUCGAUCCACCUUCCUUUCCCUCGAGGCCUAUUUCGUGAAUAUUUGGGGUUUAACUGAUACUUCUGAAGGUUAGGAGCCAUUAGCAGUAAUCUGAAGUUUGUCACCAGUGCUUGGACAGAAUGGAUAAGAGGGAAAGGCUGCAUGCAUGUAAAUAAAUAGGAAAUAGAGAUUACUUGAGGAUACAGCCGCUUUUUACCCCGCCAUGUCUUUGCAGUAUAGCUAAACAGCAAGAUCAAUUCCAUUUUGUGUUCUUGAUGUAUCAUAUCAUGAGUGAGACUGAAUAUCAAUGUUCUUGUGGUUCUCUUGAAUUCUGUAGCGUCUGAAAAUUAGUUUCGGAAAUUUUCAUCCUUCAGGACAUCACCCUGAUUUAGUUGAAAAAAAUUAUGUUCUCAUAAGUUCCUGAGCAACAUCAAAUGGUUCUUUUCCCCUCCCAUUUUGCUGUAAUUCUGCCAUACUGUUAAUAACAUAUUUUCUUGAUUCGUUUGACAGAAGAAAAGAAAACUUCAACAGUUUGUGAAAGAUCAGUUGAGAUCUGCUCCUGGACUUCCAGCAGAGAAAUUUAACCAGAAAAGUAAAUCAAAACUACGUAGAGGACAAGGGCAUUUUUCUCAUGCCUCCGGUAUUUCAUGCCUGCUUAAUUCAGUUAACUCUGCAAAAAGUUCUCGCCAAAAGAAUUUCUCAACUUCGCACAGUGCAUGUAGUUUACUGGCAUUUGAGGACAAUUUUCAAGAGCAGUUAUCUUCAGAAUUCUCCCUCCAGAAUGAUGCAAAAGAUUUUGCUCCUACCAGCAAGGAUUUAUCUUCCUUAGUUGAUUCUGACGAGUCAGUAAAUGGUUCAGACCUGAUGAGUCGUGAUAAUCGGACCCCUUCCGUUGCCUCCUUGCUGGCCUUGAAUGAUGCAAUUCAUAAUUCAAGCUUGUUGUCUAUGAAAGGAUCAAGAAGCAGAUCUCUACAACCACCUCGUCAAUCCUUCAGGUUGCUGAACUUCAUUGGCGACCACCUUCAGAGAUUUGUUAUUCCAGUUGGGCCUCGUUUCCAAGCUGAAGUUCCAGACUGGACGGAACUAGCAGACAAGGAUGACAUUAAUAGUAAAGCCAUUGACUCUGAAGAUUCAAGAUGGUUAGGCACCCUAGUUUGGCCUAUUGAAAUCGGGCACAUGGAAGUCUCUUCUAGACCAAUUGGAAAAGGGAGACCUCACUCCUGCUCUUGUCGGUCUCCAGGAACCACUAACUGUGUCAAUCGCCACAUUCUUGAGGAAAGGCUAAUUCUGCAACGUGACCUUGGCCCUGCUUUCUUCAGUUGGAAAUUUGAUGAAAUGGGAGAGCAAGUUUCGAAGGCAUGGUCAUCCAAGGAUAAAGCGGCCUUUGAGUCAUUGGUCAAAAGGAAACCACAACCAAGUGGAAAGAACUUUCUGAAGCAUGCAGUAAAGUCAUUACCACAAAAGACUAGGAAAACCAUCGUCAACUAUUACUUCAAUGUUUUCAUCCCCCGACAAUUGAGCGUACAGAAUAGGUCAUCCAAUAACUUGGUCAAUAUUAGUGAUGAUUUUACUGAUGACAUUAAUGACACAGGCAUGCAUAAAGGAAGUGAAGGCCAGAGACCUGAGGGUUUGAAAAGUCGAUACAUGUGUCGGCCAAUUUAAUCCCUGGAAGUAGAUAAUCUAACAGGCUAUUUUCCUCCUUUCAGGAUGUUUGAUAGGAGUGAACCUUUCGAUACAAGUAUGAUAUUUUAACCAUGUUAAUAUCAGUUCAGUGAAGAUCAUUUGUUCAGCACAUUUUUGGUCUAUGGCGUUUGUUCUACAUAGAUUUCAGUAAAGAAAUGUAUUUCUUUUAGUAUUAAUCCAUGGUACUUGUUCUAGCAGAAGUGUUCUGUGACUAUUGGGUUCAAUUUCUUCAACUUAGACGAUCUACUCCAGCAGUAAACAUUGAAUGGGAAUUUACUGUACUUUCGUCUAAGAAUUGGGUUUUUAAUUAUUUUUUGUUUGCCCUUCU